CUUACAAAUGCCCGGAAUGCGGCAAAGCCUUUGGGCAGAGCUCCAAGCUUCUCCGGCACCAAGUGACCCACACUGGCGAGAAGCCCUACAAGUGCCCCGAAUGCGGCAAGAUCUUUAGCCAGAGCUCCAACUUGGCCGAGCACCGCCGUACCCACACCGGCGAACGACCCUACCGCUGCGGGGAUUGCGGCAAGAGCUUCCGGCAGAGCGCCAACCUCCUGGAACACCGGCACACCCACACCGGCGAACGACCUUACCGUUGCGCCCAAUGCGGCAAAACCUUCGGGUGGAGCUCGGCCUUCAGCAAGCACCAGCGCACCCACCUCGCCUGA